CAAACCUCGUCGCAAUCAGUCUCACUCCCUAGUCCCUCCACUCCGCGUCAAUCCUCAAGAGCGCUCUCUCUCUCUCUCUCACUUCGAGGAGGCUUCGAAACCCUAGUAGGAGUCGUAUUCCCGAGCUCUGAAAUUGUUCAAAGCUCUGCUCUAAAUUCCCUCUCACUGCUAGCCUCGCGCCUUCUGCAGAGGAAUUUCUGAUUGUCAUGAUGCUGUCACUGUUUGGAUUUCAGAGUACAACUUCAUGAGCUAUGGAUUGGGCUGUUUGGGAUCAAACACUUGAUCAAGAUGCACUAGGGAGCAAUUUUAUUGGACGUGCAUGGCAGGGUGACUUUUACUUUGGUUCUGGGAUUGAUGUGAUUGAAGAAAAUGCUUUGAAUGAGAAAUCUUGUAUACAAGUGCUACAGCUUUUGAUAUCCCGUGCAAAUGCUGAAAUUCUUGAACUUGAAGAAGAUUUGAUUAUCCUUCAAAGCCAACUAGCAUGGGCGGAUGAAUCAUGGUCUGAAACAUGCUCUGCUGCUUUGAAUGGAAAAAUUGACUGUCUAGAUAUUUCACUUCGGAGCCUGGAGAAUGCAGAUGUACAUGGUGAGCAUGAUUUUGGUGGUUGUUUACUAUCCCACAGCGAACCGGCGGAGAAAAUACAUCAAAUACUACAGCCUUUACUUGAGAAUUACUUUCAUCAGGAGCAUGAGCAGAAUGAACAGACUGUGAACAGUGUUGUUUCAAAGGACGAUCUGUCUUUGGAAACUGAAAAUAAGGAUGUAGCAGAGAAGGACAAGCAUGCACUCGCUAUCAUCAAGGAUUUGAGCUCAGAUACUUCAGGACAAGAAACUGAUGAAUCAAGUGAGAAGAAAGAAUUAGCCAAAUUUGAUUUGAAAGUUGAUGGAAAAGAUGGACUCAGAAAGAACAAUUCGGGUUCAGAAGAAAGAAGUCUUGUUGUCAAGUCAACAUUAAAAACUGCAGGAAAAGGAAGAAUUUUACCAAGAACGUUUGAGCCUUCUAGUGCUUCCAGUUUAGAUGCUUCAAAACAAGCAAAUAGUCCCAAAGGGAAGAACAGCAGGAUUGUCUCAGAAGUAAAUGGGCGCAAAGAAGUCAAAGGGCACAGUUCUACAGGUCAAAUCAUAAUUUUGAAAUCCUCUUUUCGGCAGAAUUCUGCUCCAACCAACAAUAUCAACAAUAUCGAGCCUCCACUCUCAUCAUUCAAGUUAGGAAAGAAGAGAACAAAAUCUCCACGGAAACUGAACAGUCCAGAUGUUGGUGUUACUAAUACUGAAAAGAAAGCAGUAGACUCACUUCUACUGUUUCUAAAGAACAAAAAAGAGCAAAAGGGGAAAUCUAAAUUAGCUGCUAUUGUUGGCGAGUCCAAUCCAAACUUGUCUCCAAGGCCACAAAAGCAGAGCAAAAAAAGGGAGCAUCAACAGAAGCAGAAAGCUAAGCGGGUUCUGGAUGUUGACAAAGAAAAGAAAAGAAAGCGUCAAACUUCACCAGGCGUUGAAGAAGCUAAAAAGUUAAAGAGCCUUCAAAUUAGUCUAGCCAAAUCAUGUGCUAAUACAACUGCAAGUACAAAUGCGGAAGACCCUUCUGAUACUAAAUGCUUGUUCACCUGUGAUUCAGUGACUCCAAGACCAUGUCCAGAAGCCAGAGUCGUCUUGGAUUUGGAGCGUUUGACGUUAGUGGAUCUAAAAGCCAUUGCAAAACAACAGAAGAUUAGGGGAUACAGUUCGCUCAAGAAAUCUAAGCUUACAGAAGAACUGAGUUUGAAGCUGGUUAGAGGUGGUUGUACAUAAUAGCAAUCCGCCUAGUCCUCUCAUUUCUUUUCAGGUAACAUGUAGGUGAUAUUUUUGGAUAUACCAAGCCGAGAAAAGGUAUAAAGGAGCCGUAUUUGUUCUAACAAGGAAAGUUAAGUUCAAGGUUUCUAGCAUCUUUCAGUGUUGACAAAUCAUUUGUGAACGGAACUGCUAGUUCUUUGUACAGAGAGGAGAUAUUGAGGAUAGGGUGACUUACAGAUGGUGUCGUUUCAAAUUUAGCUUCUGUACACAAACUUUCGAAGUUUUCGUUGCAAGUAAAUGAUAAGAGAUAGUGAUAUUGUACAAACAAA